AACAGCAACAGGAAGCAGCCCAGUCUUCCAUUCACAGUGCGAUUUUUCCACAAACGAUGGCCCCUCCGGAUGACGGUUAUGCUGCAGGUCCCCAAGAUCGCGCUGCUGAGGUCAAAGAUUCGGCUAAUCUUGAUGUAGUCAAUCGGGCUCUGGAUCACCCCUCAACCAUAACAUCUUUUCACCAACAUGAAGAUCAAAGACGCCUCCACAGUCUGUCACAUUCUGCCCAGCACCCCUACCGGUCUCACUUGGCCCAUGGCCAAAGCUAUCGAGGACACCGCUACGAGGAUAUACCUCCCAAGUACGAGGGCGAAUAUGAUCUCGAUCAGCAGAACCCCCAACGAGUGUACUCACCACAACAGCAAUCAGACUACCAGCACCAUUCACCGCUUCAUCUAUCCAUACCAGUUGAUCCAAACCUCUCCUGUCUCCUAUAGUCCUCCGUCUUCACACUAUCCUGACAGUCCCUCAUUCUCAGCAUCACAGACGCAACUGCAACAUCAGCAACCAGCGCAACCCUAUCAGCCGGGCCAACAAGGGAAUGCGCGACGGGCCUCAGCCCCACGAGUACCCAGCAAAUCGAUAAUGUCGUCGCUGCCGAGCCUUUCUCGCCGAGAGCCUACUGACCGCACGGGCGACGGCAGCCAUAGCACGACACACGACUCCAGUUAUGAUAGUAACGCUGAGGAAGAUGAGGACAUGUCACCGUUCAACAUCAAGACCCACGACCCUCGAUUCAAAUUUGGCACGGAUAUGCCGAACACUGUGGAUUUGAAGGCCGCAAUUGAGAGCUGUGAUAUUCUAUGCAAAUUUGCGCUCCACUAUACAGAGCAAGCAAAUACGGUGCAUGAUGACCGCCGAUCGUCGGAGUUGGACCCAGAGAUGCGAGCGAACCUGCAGAAGAUUCGAUACAUGAAUACGACGAUGCUUAUGGGACUGCAGCAUGUCAUCAAGACGAAUGAAAAGGUUGCGGAUGAUGGUGGGGAGCUGUCACCUUCACAAUCGAAUGCUACAUCACAGGAACGGAUAGAGAGAGAGACCAGUCCAGUAAGGUUCAGUAACGGGGUGCCACCAAACGAGCUGGUACAUGAACUCGCCAAGGUUGCUACAUCGAUCUUCCAGCUUGCAAUCCGUAUCAAGGCCUGGGUGGGCAUGACUCCCAGGGAGCGAGAGCUUGACGAGGAGAUUAAUACGAUCCGAGGAAAGCGAUGCGUGCUUCUGGACAGCACUUUGGCACCAUCGGUUGUGGACCAACAUGGCAACGUACAGAAGGACUGGACUGUCGUGCCCGCAACAUCAUCGACCUCCAAGAGCUAUUAUGAACGACAGAGGGAUUUGGUGCAGCCACGACCGUCGCACAACUAUCCCUUGAACCAGAGGCACAGGCAACAGCAGCAGCCCUUCGAAAGGUAUGAUCAACCUCGUCCUGCCAUCAACAGAGAUUUGCAUCGCAGCCAAAUGGAGGUAGACCAUGAGGGAAGGCCUUUUAUGAAGCACGGAAACAGCAGCAGUGCUAUGGCGUCGCUUUCGACGUCGCAUCGUGGUCACAGUUUCAAAGAAGGCUUUUCGACAUCGUACUCGUCUGACUCGGGCAUGAGCAGAGUUGGCUAUCGCCACAGCAACAGCAGUGUCACUAGCGUUGAUGGCUACAGCAAGAACAACAGCACCGAGGGCGGCCGCAACUCGAAGAGUGGCGAGGCACCCUAUCAAAAGUACCGCAAGCGCGCCAAGCGGACCCAGCCUCCUGGCCGAUGUCUGUCCUGCGAUUCCUCGGAUACGCCAGAGUGGCGUCGUGGACCUGAUGGUGCCCGCACAUUAUGCAAUGCCUGCGGUCUUCAUUAUGCCAAGUUAUUGAAGCGCCAAAGCGAACAGGGCCAACUAGCUGCGGGACCCACGUCUCUGAAGAGCCGAGUGAUAAACACACGAAUGGAGCAGCUACAGGCGAUUGCGCUCCCAUUGCGAAAGCGGAAUAGCAGUCAGACUGCAGAAUCAACCCCGCACGCAGAUCCAUCUGGAUCCGACACUGCCACUCCAAUAGAAUAGGAUCUUCAGGAGUAAGAUCUUCAGGAGCAGGGCCUUCAGAGGCAGGAUCUUCCCAGGCAGAAUCUUUAGGG